AGUUAUGCAGGUGGACUGGCAAAUGCAGAGACAUUUCCUUUUUUUCCUUUGACCCAUGGCUCCAUUCUGUGUGCACUCUGAGCACAUCCAAUGCAAUUACCUCACUCCAAUAUUUACCAAGGCAUCCCUCUUCUGGGUAUUGAUCACAUCUCUUAAAAUUUUCCUCCCCUUGCUUCUUGCAAGCUGGUCCCAGGACUUGUGGAAGAGGACUUCCUGGUAUCAUGAGCAGCCAAAAAUUGAGUUCAAGAACCAAUUCCUCUUGUUCUUGCAAGCAGCCAAGCAGGAGCAAAUACUCACAUUUUCCAGCUUCACUGAGUUACAGCCAUUAUUUGAAGAUGGAUUUCGAAUUCCAACUCUCGAGAAUUCUGAUACAAAUGCUGAUCAUCAUACUCAUAGAAUGGGUAGAUGGAGGCAGAACAAAGAAGAUAUCCUUUCAGUUGCCAUCUUUGAUCCAUUGCUUUUUCUUUACAAUGUUUUCUCUGUGGAUGGGUUAGUUGAAUAUAAUAUAAUCUUGAGUGAUGCAAGCAAUUACACCAUUGGACAACAUAUUGUUGCCAGUGUCUGGGUUCACAAAUGUCCUCAAACAGGGAAUACCAUGGAAGAAGUCUCUGAAGAAGACCACAACAGAGAUGGAAGGAAGGAAGAAAUCCAUGUUAAUGUCACUGUGCCUCUUAAGAAGAGUGAAGUCAUUCAUGGAGUACAGUUGAUCCUCUUUUUUGACUUCAGACUUGAGGAAAGGGUGGAAUUGGCAGCAGAGUGCCUAGCACACAUUCAUCAUGAGAGUCGUUUCCCAGGAACUCAUCUGCAUAUUAGAGGGAACCUGGAGACUCGAAUACAACAGCCACUUAUGCACAAAGGACACCAAGAUCCUCCUUUGUCCGAACUGCUUGGAAUUGGAUCUCAUUCCAUCACCCUACAGGAUCUUCUUUGGGAAUAUGCCCACCAAAAUGAUCUCAGUGAGGACGUGAAGUGGCGCAUUAAGCGAGCAGUAGACAAUGGAAUGCCAGCCAAGGACGUCACUGAGGCAUUCAGUGUGUCUCGCUCCACUGUUUACCGCGUCAUGGAGGCCAUAGACGAUCAAGAGACUCGGAGAAAAGGAAGAGCGCCACCCAACCUGAAGCAAACCAAAGAGUUCAAGACCGAAGUGGCAGCAGCGGUUGCUGAGAAUCCGCGCAAGAGUCUCAGGAAGCUGGCCAAAGAAUUUGACGUGUCUGACAUCACUUUGAGGCGUACGACUUGUGAUUUGGGCCUGAAGUCCUACGCACUUCCUGUGAGGCAGCUGGUGACUCCAGGACAGCAAGAGGCUUGGCUCGCAAGGUUGAUCACUGAGGUGGAUCGCACUGUCAAGUCUUGGGACAUGGAUUCAGAUGUUUUCACUUUCACAAUUUCAGUAAGUUUACGAUAUGUGGAGGCAUCAUUUGAGUACAGCCCUGGGUUCUGGGAAACCUUGAAGUGGGCAUGGGUCCAAUACUUGGCUCUCUUCAUUCCUGUCUUGAUGGCACUGAACAGGGUUAAGAGCUUUGUGUUCACACAGAAUCUCUUCUACACAGCCAUGUCCAAACCAUGGCAGAAAGUGCUCUGAUGCCUUUUGCAUUCUACCCACUCUAGUCAGUUACUUGAUCUCACUUUCUGCUCAUAUGAUACUAUUGCACAU